AUGACUGGUACUUCGGAGAACGAAACUACCCCUACUGACAUUGCUCUCAGAGAAUCACCUCUGCGUGAACUGCCUGAGUCAUCACCUACUGAAGACGUCAUGAAAAUGAUGUUUGAAAAAAUCGCCCAUCUUCAAGAGGAAGUGGCGCGAAACAAAGCUGCUAAUGCCCCCCGAGAGGCCCCUGCUAAAGAAAGAAGGCCUCCACCAUUUUUUCCAUCUCUGAAUUCACCAUUACCAGAUCACUUCCCCACUAGGUCCGUUAUGACCACCAUGCCAUUUACCCCAAUCGAUGGACACAUUGGUGCCUCGAGCCACAUCCCACCACCACUUAACACCAACCAAAUUCUCGGGACCGCCCACUCUAUCCCUUCUUACCCAACACCACAAAAUACCCAUCCCGGCAUCACUAUACAACCAAGCAUCACCCCACUACCAACUGACAAAAGCACCCCUAUUACCCGAAUUCGCCCUGCUGUUUCUUUCCACACGCCUGUCACACCAGGUACCUUCUCACCCGAUCAAGAAAUUGACCAUUAUGAAGAGAUGGAAAAGGCAUGGAAGGCCGAACAAGAAAAACAGGAAGAAAGGCUUGAGCGGAAGAUGACCGCAAUGUUGGAACGAUCCAUGAGGACUACCCUCACUGGCACAGGUCUAAGCUAUGACGAUUUGUGCAUGCAUCCACUUGGAUUUACCCAAAGGCUUCAAAGUACCCCGUUUCGAAUUGUUCAACGGGACAGAAAUCCUAAAGCGCACUUGCGGGCCUACUGCGACCAAUUGGUCGGUGUCCGAGACAAUCAAGCGCUCAUCAUGAGGUUGUUCAGCCGAAGUUUGACAGGAGAAGCCUCAGAAUGGUUCACGGCGCAAGAUAUACGCCGUUGGGUCACAUGGGAAGACAUGGCUGCUGCUUUCAUGGAAAGAUUCCAUUUUAAUAUGGAGACGGUGCCGGAUAGAUAUUAUUUGGAGAAAGUAAAACAAAAGUCCACCGAGAACUUUCGCGAAUACGCAAGCAGGUGGAGAACAGAGGCUGCCCGAGUACAACCUCCUAUGGGCGAAGAAGAACUUGUGUCGAUUUUCAUCCGUUCACAAAAAAUAGAUUUCUAUGAUAGAAUGCUUUCAAUGGCGGGAAGACCUUUCUCUGAAUUGGUCAAAAUGGGCGAGGCCAUAGAAGAUGGUCUCAAGACUGGCCGAAUCAUAAGCAUGACUGGAAAAUCCGCUGGUUCAAGCUCAACCGGGUUCGUGCGCAAAAAGAAGGAAGACGUGGCUAGCAUAUCCCACACUCCUAGUCCCAAACCCAAAAGAAGGGAAGAUUUCCCAAUGGAAGCAUAUGCUUCACCUCCUCCAAAUACCUACAUACCCACCCCUUACAACACGGUGCCCGUAUAUUACGCGCAACCGACCUUCCAAUCACCACCCCAAAACUACCAAGCUCCACCAAAUGCCUUCCAAUCACCUCCCCCAAAUUACCAAGCUCCAUAG